UGCUGCCUUUAAGGGUACGCUCCUUCAUCUCUGCUGUCCACCGCUUCGCCUCAGUCCUGGCUGGGCGCCGCGGCAGUGGUAGCCUCUCCCCCAUACCCUGCAUCCCAAUGCCGGCCGCCUCGAGUAAAAGCGUCCCCCAGCAGCAGCAGCGAACGGCCCGUUCAGCCAUGGCCGCCGGCGAUUAUUCCAUCAACCUUACGGUGCAGCAAGUCCUGAGCCUGUGGGCACACGGUACCCUGCGGCACUUCACAGAAAUGUGGUACUGGGUUUUCCUCUGGGCUCUCUUCUCCUCUCUCUUUCUUCAUGGUGCUGUGGGCCUGCUGAUGUUUGUAAUGCUUCAAAGACACAAGCAAGGCAGAGUGAUAUCAGUGAUAGCCAUUGUUGUGGGCUUCCUAGCAUCCAUAACUGGAGGAAUGAUCACCAGUGCAGCAGUGGCUGGUGUGUACAGGGUAGCAGGAAAGACCAUGGCUCCACUUGAGGCAUUGGUAUUUGGUGCUGGACAGACAGUGCUCACAGUUAUCAUCUCAUUCUCGAGGAUUCUAGCCACCCUAUGAGGGCAGAUUUCAACAAACUAAGCAAGUACUGUUGGAGUUCUUAAUGAGGGGGAAGGAAAUGAAAGUUCGAGGAAAAACCUGCUGAAAGACACCAGAAUUGAAUGCCAACUUGCAAGGUCAGGAAGUUGUGUGAAAGAUGCAAAGUUUUGUGAUCUCCAGGCGAGUAGGGAAAAACAGUCUGCUGUUUGGAUCUCUGCACUACAGCACCAUAUGUGCUUUUUCCAGAAAGGAGGACAUGAAGGUGACUAAUGAGUCAGCAAAGCCUCAUAAGUAAAGGAUUUUGUAGUUACCAGUCAUAUUGACCAUUAGUGUUGACUGAUGUACACAACCGUAAAUGCACUCUAAUACAAACUGCAGGGAGAGUGUCAGUAUUACAUGUGCCAAACUUGGAAGUUUUUAAACAUUAUUUUGAAAAUAUGAACUGUGGUAUCCAGGUAAAAAGUGGACUCUGGGGAGAUGUUUACUCCUGUACAUAAAUAAGUACGAUCAUUACAAGAACUGGAGAUGAUGUUUCCCGUUUUCUCUUCCCCCACCCCACCACCACACACCCCCCAGCCCCCCACUCCACAAACCUGAGGAUACCGUGUUUGUGUGUGUAUUGUGAUGAUCAAAAAGCCCCACCAGGUGAAUAGGUUUAAAAACAAUAUUACCAUUAGUGAUGCGCUGCUUUACUGUUUUAACUUUUGUCAUGACCAACCUUGCUUUCGUUCAUUACUGCAGCUUCAAAGUGCACAUGAAGCUUCCUGCUACUCAACUGUUCUUUUUGGGAAGGAAUUACUAUAUAAGUACACAAAUUACUUGACUUGGGAUUCUCACUAUUGUCUAUUGAGCAUGUCACCUUUAGCCAGUACAAUUGUGCACAAGCUAGCAUUUAGCAGGGUGCAUGCCAGCAGCAAAAACCCCACAAGACCUAUUAUUCACUUAGUUUACAAUUCAUAGUGAAACUAGGAAAAUAUAGUUGCAUAUUUCUGAAUGAUUGUGAAAUUCAAACAUUUGUACACCUACUCAUCCUUUGUCUCAUGGAGGUUUUCUUUCUAUGGUUCAAACGGCUGAACAGUAGUUUACAGGGUCAGCCUCCUCGGCAAAAGUUGUUGUACAGUAGUUUACAGACUGGUCUCCUAGGCAGACCACAUUCAAGUUUUUAAAUUAGCAUGCUCCUCAAACUUAUCCCAACUGCAAUAGGUGGAUCUACUGGCUCUUGACCAUUCGGUGGAAGUGAGAAACAUUGACAAUGUCCCUGGUGUAUUAAAGCAUGACUGUUGUGCAUUGCCCCUCUAGUUUUAUCAAUUACAUGACUAAAGUAAAAUGCACAGCUGGAACUACCCUGAUACUUACACUAUAGCAGUAGUUUCAGAGCAUAUAAAAUUCUCUUAUGUUUGAUGGUGCAAGAGAUGGGCAUUACUGGGCAGUGGAUGGAUGCAACACUUGCACAUUUUGAUUUAUUUGUAACAUUGAAACUGGGGCUGGAACCAAAGAUUUGUAAAACUUGGACACCCACUUACAAUUUUUGAUCAGUGGGACGUUGCCCAUUGAUGUGCUGCUAGUUCUUUUUUGUUUAGUUGAAGUAAAUUCCUUUUUUGUAAAUCAUUUUUAAACUUUGGUUAUAGCUUGAACUCUAAUUGCUAGAAAUUGUGGUUCUAAAAACAUCAAGAUCCAUAUGGUAGGUUCCAGACUGCUUUUAAUUUCAUUUAUACUAACUAAUGUAUUUGCCGACAUCAUGACAUCAGGCUUAGUUUGUUUCAGCAUUAAAAUGUUCAUGGGUGUCCCUAAUAUACAUACCACACAACUUUCAAGCUGCCUCCAAAGAGGAUCAGUACUGAUUGAACACAUUUCUUCAAAUUGCAAUGGAAGAUUUAAAACUUGUCUCUGACAUUUGACCUUCCCUCUCUCUUAAUCCUGCUUUGCAUCCAUGGAGACAGUAGACCGUACCCACGUAUAUCUGAUGUACAAACUACUCAAAUGUGUUGCUGGUUUAUCAGAAAAAGAGACAACUAACUUCUGUUGGUCAUUUUUUUUCUAUGGUUAUCCUCUACACGCCACCCUGAGGGAUGCACUCACAAAGGGAUAGCUUGCCUUAUAUUUAAGAGCUAUGCUGUUAACAUCAAUGUAACGCCAGAAAUAGUGCACAGUUGGCAGGAAUGUACUGUAUUUAAUUAUUUUGCCUACUACAUUUUGUAGUUAUAUUCUCCUUUGGGCCCAGCCAAUAAGAAAACCUUUCAUUGAAUCUAGAAAUGGCAAGCUGGUCCUCAAACUGUUAACAAAAUAUCAGUAGAGCACUGAGAAGGCAAAGGUACAUCUGAAAGCUAGACUGGACUUUUUAAAUCUUCUCUUCAAGCCCAUUUCCUUAAAUGAUUGUUUAGUGAUCUACACAAGUUUGGAAAUACAUUUUCAGGAGAGAGGACUGGGAUUAAAAAAAAACUUUGUGCCUGAUUGUAAAUGUGGCGUAAAUCCAACCAUGAUGGCAAUGCCCAUAAUUUUGUUCUGUACAUCAUGUUUUGGAAAUUCCACCUCCAUUGUAUGUGUUCUAUUUUCACUAUUGCUAUGAGAACUGAACAUCUAUAGUUCGACACAGUGUGCAGAUAGACUCAAAUACGAGGCUCUGAAAUUCCAUGUGUUCUCUUAAUUCCUAUCGCAGCUGUUGAAUCUUUGGAUAAAAUGAAAGAUCCUCUUCAAAUUAUAUCUGCUUCCAAACCACUGCCAUCAAUGCUGCUUCAUUCUGUAAUUUGUUUGAUAUGGAUUUACCUGCUUGUGAUAUCUAGGCUUUAAUAGUUGUCUAGGUAUGAGUGACUAAAAUAUUUCUGCUGCCAACAUGAACUAAAACUAUAUAUUGGUAAGAAAUUCACAUUUUCUAACAUUUUUUUUCUUGGAAUUAUUUGAGUAAACAGUGAACACAACAAAAGAAUGUCAAUUUAGCAUAGUUUCACAUUCCUUGUGACCUGCACAUGACACUGUUUUUUCCUGCUUAUGCUAGGAAUACCCAAAUUGUGUCUGUUUGUGUUCCAAAGUGGAGUUCAAUGCCUCAGACUCUCCUUUAACACCUUCUACUGUAAACUUCCUUGUGAAUAUUUUACCUCUUUAUUAUUGAUCCAAAAAGUAAUCUCUCAGAACAAAGUCUAACCUAUAUUUUUAUACUUCAUUAAAGAUCAGUAUUUAUCAUAGUUCUAAUCAAAUGCCUGGAUGUUUGAAUUUUUUGUCCAGCGCUGUGUUCUCUACUUGCUAGAUAGUAGGAUACAACGCUACUCCAGUAAGCUUGUUGGUUCUUUAUUUUGAAGCUGCAAUAAAUCUGUCUGAGAAUGGUCAUGCUGCAGCUCGGUUUCAAAAUAUCAUGUAUUUGUUACCAAUAUUUAGUAAGAGCCUAUUGAAUACUCUUGGGUGUGUUUCAAACCUUUUUCAGUUAUUUUAUACAGACUGAAUUCAAACUAGCUCUAAGCUGAAUUGAAUCUCCAAAAUUAGAAAAAAAUACAGAAGAGAAAAAUAUCCAGCUGCAUAAAGCAUGCUGCACUAUACACUAAAAUGUGAGUUAACAUGCACACUGGAAGUUGUAGAGUAGCAUCAAUGGAAUUUACUGUUUAGUCACCAUACCUCUCCCACUGUAGACUGGACAGUUUGAAUAACUAAGCCACACAGUUGGUGACUGGGAAUCCAUAGCUGCAAUUUCCGAAGACAUUCUUAAAAUGACAGUCCUAGAGGUUCCAUGGUGACUCAGUCAGUAAAAGCACUGCACAAUGUAGAUCUGAGCCAAACAGAUCAGGAGGGGUCCAGGUUCAACUUUGUCUGAAUUUCUGGUAUGGAGAAUUCCACUGAUUAUUAGCUGAUACAGAGAAGGCAGAAGAACUUGUCUCAUGUAAAAUUCUCAGCUAUUAUUGUUUGGUGUAAAAGAUGGUAGCUCCACAGAACAGUUCUGUGUUGUGUGCGCCUUUUCACUUCCUCAAACAUGAUGGCCCAGGCCCAGACCCCCAUCUUCAUUUAAAUGCCUUGAGUAAUAUGGAUUUGAGUAACCUUUGUUUGGAACGCACUGAUUAAUUUUCCUAACAAUGCCUUCAUAAUCUUCAUUAGUUUGAACACACUCAUCUUUGAGAUAGUAUGAGAAAUUAGAUCUUUGGCAGUUUAUUACUGGUAAUGUGGAUGCAGGUCUGCAUUUGUCCAUGUGUGAUCUUGAAAAAGAUUAUACUACUGUAAAAGGUCCAGAUUUUUUGAUAAGCUGACAGUAUGCCAUUCAUUUUAAAUGGGUUUAUAAAGUCUGCAUUAGAUUUUGAAACUCUAAUCUAAAAUGUUCAUCCUUUGUUUUGAAUCUUUGGGAAGAUUUGCUACUCAGUAAACUUUAUUGUUUUAAACCCAAUAUCAGAUACCUUGGUCACUGUGAAGCAGUAAUUGAGGCAUUGCACAUGUUCCAAUUUUUAGUCAAGAAAUUUGAUAAAUUGUUAUUUUGUGGAAGGUAUACUGAAUUAUUUAAAUCUUUUUAAAAUUCUAAGUACUGAAAAUCAAAAAAUAUACAAUAGCUGUGCUUGAUUCUGCAAAGGAAAAAGGCAGUUCCACAUUUCAGAUGCAAAACCCUUCUUCAGGAAUGAAAACUGGAAGAUAACUCCUUAGUAGAGCUGAAAGGAAUGUUUGAUUCUGAUGAAGGAACUACAUCUGAAAUGUUCAUUGGCCCUUUCUUAAACAAACAAGUUUGCUGUGAAUUUUUGUUUUGGUGCUUAAUUACUCAUCUCCUCCUGUCACUUGUGUUAAAGAUUUUAUUGGUUAUCAUUUUAUUUUUUUCUGCUACCUCAUUAGCCUUUUACCUGAAAAGAUAGUGAAACAAGCUAGUAACAGGCAUGUGGGUUGAACAGGUGAUGAACCCUUAACCUUUAAAUAAAAAAUAUUUGAACAAAAAUUGUCACUUAAUGCACUGCAUUUCCCCCUUCCUGAAAAGUCUUUAGUUUGUUCAUUUUUUAACCUUUUUAAUGUAUUGUAAAUGUCAAGCAUCAAAUAAGUUUUAACUGUGAAUACUCUCAGUCUGUAUUGUUUCCCUUCAGUUAAUACUGUGAGUUUACAAUUUUUAAAAUAUAUUUAAAACUGUUUAACCUGCGUAAACUAAAAGCUCAAUGAGUGCCAGGUCUUUCUGAGGUAUCAUGUAUUUGUGAUUCCAUGCAAUUGCAUGUUAUUUUUGUCAACUUGCAUGGAAUGUUUUUCUUUCUGCCAAACUUUAUUAUUACAUUUGGGGAGAAAACAAAUUGCCAAAGAAUUCCCAAGAAACCUUCUUCAAGAAACAAAAACUGUAAACGCUGAGCUCCAGUGAUUCCUAUAGUGUGAUGGACUCAUUAAAUGCACAGAAAAAGUUUCUGCAAAAGAAGGUAACCCAUUGUAAUGGUUUUAAGAACUGUACAGAAAUAAAAAGAACAGACAGUAUCCUUAGCCUAUUGUUUCUGUUAAAACUGAGGACAAAAUUUUUUAAUCUAAAAAUAAAAUCCAAGAAGUCUCUAUUCUGAUGAGCCACUUUAAAAAAAAAAAUAACUUUAUAUACCCCAUCCAAGGCCAAUAAAUCGUUCUAAGAUUUUGUGCCCAUAACUGAACAUAGCACUCCAGAUGGGGUCUGAUCAAGAUUCAGUAUAGCUGAAGCAGCAUUAAUUCCUGACCUUUGGAUUCCAGCUAUCUUGGGAUAAUGGACAACAUAUAAUUUUUUUUACUAUUCACUCUUGGGAUGAGAGCAAUGCUGGCAAGGCUAGCAUUUAUUGUCCCUCCCUAAUUGCCCUCAGGAAGAUGAUAGUGAGUCAGUGUAGUCCAUCUGGUGCGGGUGUGCACACAGGUGGUGAGUAAGGUACUGAUCAAGCAGACUGAUUUGGAUGUUGAGUAUUGUUGAAGCUGCAUACAUCCAGGCAAUUGAAGAGUAUUCCAUCAUACAACUGACUUGUGCUUUGUAGUUGGUGGACAGACUUUGGGGAGUCAGGAGAUAAGUUAAUCACUGCAGAAUUCCCAGCCUCUGAUCUCCUUUUGUAGCCACAGUAUUUGUAUGGCUAUUUCUGUUAAAUUUUUGCUCAGUUGCAUCCCCAGGAUGUUGGUGGGGAUCAGUGAUGGUAACACAGUUGAAUGUCAUGGGAGAUGGUUAGAUUCUUUCUUGUUGGAGAUGAUCAUUACCUGACACUUAGCAAGUAAAUACACACCACAUCAGCCCAAGACAAUGUUCUCUAGGUCUUGCUGCAUUUGAGCACAGACUGUAUCUGAGGAGUUGUAAAUGUGCAAUCAUCAGAGAACAUCCCAAUUCUAACUUUUUGCUUGUGAAAGGUCAUUGGUGAAGCAGCUGAAGAUGUUUAGGCCUGGGACACUACUCUGUGGAACUUCUGCAGUGAUACCCUGGGGCUGGGAUGAUUGGCCUCCAACAAUCUUUGUACCUGUGCGCUAACUUUUGUGCACAUUGACAUCUAAUUCCCUUUGCUCCAACACAAUUCUUAAUCUCUCACCAUUAAAAGAAUAUUCCAAUUUGUUUUCUCUUAUUUAAGUAAAUGCACUUGCACUUGCCCAUAAUGAACUCCACCUGUCAUAUUUUUACUUAGCCUUUCUAUGUACUUUCAUAACUUCCUGUUUAACUAAUUGUAUCUCUUUCUGUCAUCUGCAAAUUUGGAUCUCUGAUCAUCCAAUUAUUAAUAUACAUAAGUUCUUGCUUCAGGUGCUUUUCAGGAAUUAGUAAGAUCAUUCCAGCUAUUCAUCCUUCUGAACGCAUGGCAGGGAGGGGAACAAGAAUGUGAACGUUUUCGUAUGCAGUCAGAUUUGAUUAAGUAUACACGCGUACAGGUCUCAUUUAAAAAAACAAGUGUGAAAAAAACAUUCUUAUCAAACACCAGAAAUCUGCUGCACUAAUAGGUGACUUCUAAGCGUUGCAAUCUUUCAGCAUAAAACUGGCUAAAGCUCUAUUCCUAUGCACUAUUCCUCUGGGAGGGAAUCGGGAAUUUGGGAAGAGUUGAUGCAGCUUUACUCUUUCUGUAUUUAUCACGAAUUCCAGGAAAUCCUAGUUUUUCCUUUCAAAGGGGUUCCCCAAUUUCUCUGUGCCAUAAUGAUCAAGAUCAUCCCAGGCUUGAUGCCUGCUUUACAUCUCAGGAAGUGAGGACAGCACAGGAAGCUGCUCCUUGCUUGCAAAUACUCUUGCGUUGUCUUCCCUUUAGAUACUGCUGCCUGUUCAGCAAUGGAAGUGGGCUACAACUAAACAGACACAAUGCUUUUCUGAAGGGGCCUGAUUUGCAGUAAUUUUUUCCAAGCAUUCCCCGAGUUGGAUGAUCAGUGAUGAAGCCAUACUUGGCUUCCCCUGGGAAAGGUCAGCCAGUAUUCCUGGUUCUGGUAACUAAACAAAUGAAGAAUGACUAAUUGAGUGAAUUACCAGAUGUAUGAAGGUACACCUAGCAUGAAGUACUCUACAGGCGAAGGAAAAGAUUGCCUCCCUUCUAGCUCUGUUUUCCUGCAGCCUGAAUACAUUACACCAGCUGCAGAACACAUUGGUGAACAGAAUGGAACUGUUUCACCAAAUCCUGUUUAAACAUACUUUAAAACAAUGAGUAACAUGGCAGUAUUGUUAGCCAUCUUGUAGGGUUUGGUAACUUUUCCCAACUGGAGCAUUCUUGAGAUCUGAAGUAUAACUUUUCAAAAUGUUGCUUCCCAUUUGAAAGUUUUCAACUGCCAGUUAGUUUCAGAAUCUAUCUGAUCUUUGCCCAACCAUGGGAGCCAAUCUGUGUUGUUCGUAACCAACAUGUGUUUUUAUUAUAUAUAUUAACAAUUUUAAAAAGGCAUUUUUAAAAAAGAAAAUAUGAAAUCUUUGCAGGGAGCACAUGAUGUCAACUAUCUAGGGAAUUAAAUAAAGCCACCAGGAAGUCUGGAACUGGAUGGGCCUUCACAGUAUCAAUUCCAAAAGCUUACAUGUAUUAUUUUUGAACAAUUUGAGGCCAGAUUCCAUGAAGAAACCAAAAAGCUGGGGUUAUUGGAUGCUUUGGAAUCAGUUUUGAAUAUUUAAAUGUAACUUUUAUUCAAUACUGUCUACCUGUAACUGUCAAUGGAAGGGGAGAUCUCCCAAAGUAUUGUUUUCUAGUAUCUGAAUGGAAUAGAAAGGUUUGGUUACUCUUUAUAGAUGGAAGAUGCAUUAGUCGGGGCAAAAUUAAAUUAAUUCAAUGUUAGUGUUUCAGUCCAUGUGUAAAUAAUAUUGUAUGUAACAUGCUGUUUGUUUGCAACAUUGUGGUCUGCUGUUGUUGACUGCUGCGGUGGAGAAAAUUCUAUCACCCAACCUGAUUAGUCAGAAUGAAAAGAAGCAUAUUCUUUUUGUAUUUAAACAAAACCCUUUCUCGUUGUUGACCUCUUCAAAAUGAACUCUUGUCAGGUUGGAGAUGUUUAGAAGUUCCUACAAUGAGCUUGCUAUUUCUUCUUUGUCAAAAUGAAUAAAAAUACAAAAUGGAAUAGCACACUUAUAUUUUGCCAAUGAAAGAAUUUUUGGCUUCAAGUACAUGGCUAUGUACGUGUAGCACAUUCACUUAGUGUUUUGCCUUUCUCCGUCAUCAUCCCAGUGAUUUCAGGUGCAUUGGACUCUAGGAUCGGGUUUGAUUACACUUACUGUAUGAUAAAUACUUAAAAGCUGUAAAUAAUGUAUAUUAUAGUUUUUAAUUUCUUUUAUAAACAACCAUUUUUAUUUCCCUGUUUACGUACAGCCCUGUAUUGUACAUAAUUACUUGGAGAAUAAAGUUUUGCAGUGAA